AUGGAUCAUCUGCAUCAUCUCGACAAAGCCCAAGACAUCCACCACCCAGUGGAAUUUCCCCUCGUGUACAGGCGUGAAAUAAAGUAUGAGGGUGGUAGGUUCUUUGAAUAUGCGGAAGCUGUCUGUGACUGUGGCGUCAGCGACCACGGGCCCCAACAUCUGAUCUACGACAUUGCAAACCAUGCAGACAUGAUCCAGAGUUGGCUGUUCUUUGGCAUUUUGCAUGAAUUCUCCCUGACCCUGAGAGUGGUAUUUCGUAUGGAAGAUUUCAUCCAGGAAGGCAGGGACGGUCAGAAAUACAUCACGACUCGAAAUCUCCCUCGGUAUAUCUGGUAUUGGGCCGCUGCGGAGGCUCAUGCUGACCCUGACGAACAGGCAGCUUUGGCGCGCAAGAAAAUGAUUGAUCGUAUUCUCCACUACAUGAGAACGAUGGCGAAUAUAUUCACAGACCAUGGGGAGUCAGAUCAGGAAAAUGCAAUGGAUCAUCCAGUCCUCAUCCCGAUAAGCAUACUUGGGUCCACUUUAGACCAUGUUAACUCUCUGCUGUUUGGAACAGCACCCGGCAUUUGGAACGUGCCACUCGCUCUACGCAGACUGGUGAACCGGGCGGGGUGGUGUCACGGUGAGAUCGAGGCUUUGGUGCUGGCUCAGUUCACCCCGCCAUCGUUAUAUCUAUUGGCUACGCAUCCAAAAAGACCAGAUGGCAAAGACCACAGCCGGUGCAGCAGGACAAGAUGCUUUGCUUACCAGCUUGAUGAGAGUGUGUAUCGGACAGCGCACGUCACGAGCAAUUGCGCAUGUAAUUAUCAUGCUCAAGAACACAUUGGCCCUCGAGUAGAGGAAAUUUUGAGAAGUGGCGGCAUUCCCGCGUGCGUACUGCUAUCAGUGCCGGGAGAUACCCAAACACAAGGUAUCACAACGGAUAGAGGAGAAUCUACCAGCUUGCGGGUGAAGGUCGUCGACACUUCCAGCAUUCCGACGUAUGUUGCUAUAUCUCAUGUGUGGUCGGAUGGAAUGGGUAACACCAAAGGGAACACUCUGCCGCUGUGCCUUUGGGAGGAUCUUCAAAAACGAGUUCAAAGACUUUACCCCAGCGACUGCGCGCCUGUACCCUUUUGGAUAGACACUGUGUGCGUGCCACGGGAGAGGAAAAUGCGAGAUAAAGCGAUACGAGGCUUGUUGCGGGUGUAUCAGGCCGCAGAAAAGGUGCUCGUGAUAGACAAAUCCGUCCAGUGCCUCUCUUUGAGUACAUCGUCCCCCUUUGAGCUUCUGUUCCGUGUGGCCAUUAGUCCAUGGACUCGCCGGCUCUGGACAUUUCAAGAGGCCUGCUUGGCCAAGCAACUCUAUUAUGACUUUGAUGAUAUGCCACGUGACGGGUACGAGCUGAUCAGGCUGUGCACUGAAAUGGACGCACCAACAAAACUGAAUGCCAACAGCAUCGUGGGUGGCGUCAAUACGGUUAAUCUAUCCGGCGUGAUUCCGGAGCAUGCCCCGUUCGUCUGGCUGCUAGCCAGAGCGCUGGCCGUGGACAGCAAUUCCGUGGGUAGGAACACCUUAUCUGCCUUUGAGUUUUUCAGAUUAGGCAAUUCUGGGUUUCCCAGCCGUGAAGACGCAACCUUAGUGGACUUUAUAGGACGAUGGGGAAAUGUUGAUCCAGUAUUCAUUGACCUCUCACGCCCGAUUAACGACAUGCGGCUCCUGGAGCAUGGAUGGAAGACUAUAUUAAGCCUCGAAUACCAAAGCCCAAUCGACUCCAGACUAGACAGUAGCUUGAGCCUUCCUGUACGCCGAUGCGCGCUGUUGUUCGUUGGGCUUCAAGGCCGCAUGACUAGCCGUCGCGAUGACGAAGCAGUCUGCCUUGCCAACCUGAUGGGUAUAGAUCCCCUUCCGAUCGUUCAAGCAUCAACGCCCAACCAGCGCAUGAAGGCCUUGUUGCUGGCUUUGGGAAGGAUUCCUGGACAUAUUCUAUUUAAUCCUUAUCCGCGCAUACAGGAGAGAGGAUGGCGAUGGGCCCCCCAGAGCUUCCUGAACAUGGGUCGUUAUCUCAAUAUGGAGAACACUCGAACCGCGCGUGUGGAUGAGCUCGGUCUGGUCUUGCGGUCUCCAGGGAUCCAGUUGCGUCUUAACGACUCUGUACCUGACGAGGCCGACAUUAGUAUAAGCAUCGGUGACAGAGUUUACCAUCUCCACCUAAGGACUGUCGAUGAUGAAGGCGCCAUCAUGAGAUACAACAGAUGGAAAUGGUUUCACAACACCUUAAGGUUAGAGCUUUGCCUCAUAGUGGGUGGCGUCCCUCAAGAGACAUUCAGCAGGGAGGGCGCGGCUAUAGUAUCGCUGGAAGAGGAAACUGAUGACGGCGAAAUUCUCUUCGUCAACUAUUGGCGAUAUGUCGAGAUUGAAGUCGGUUUUGAGGGCGCUGAUGAGGACAGGGAGCCCCUCCAUGGCGAGGGCGAAUGGAUACCAGGUUACCAGAAGUGGUGCAUAGCGUAG